AUGGCGUCUCUCGCGCAAUUACUCUUGGGCGCUGUCGCUCUUUGCGCUUUUGGCGUCCGCGCUGCACAUCCCGAAGAUGGCCUCCCUUCGUACCACUAUGGCGCACCCAUCCAUGUGGAGUGUAUGAACCGCAGCUCCGAAACAGGCGAACACAUUGAAGACUCCAACCACGAAAUUGAAUGGAUUCCCUUUCCCUCCUGCGAAGAAACCAACAAGCCCCUCGAGUUCAACUAUGGCCACGAAGGAGAGGUCAACUGCACCAUCCCCAUGGUCUCUGAUCCCUUCUUUCACCUCCUCGAGUUCUUCAUCCACAACGACGCACCCCUCGCUUGCCGCCUCCCUGCCCGACCCGCGCCCCACGUCGAAACCGUCGGCGAGAAGCCCUAUGUGCAAGAAUAUAUCCCUCUCGUCUUCGCCCUCGCCGGCACCCUCCAGCUGAGCCACCUGCACGUCAGCACUCACAUGAACGUGCUCCUGCACAGCAUGCCGAAACACCAUACCCGACCACACGACUCGGGCGUCCUCGAUUCCGGGACGGCGUACAGCACGAGUCCGUUGAGCCAUAUGGACGGAAUAUACACAAAGAGGCUGGUGAUUGGCGACCCGUUGCCGCUGCGGUUGUCUGUCAGGUGGUUCCCGACCCCGAACCUGCCCAAGUCAGAGGGCCAUGUGGAGUGGCAGGGCAUGGGCGGGCACGUGUAUGCGAGCACCGUUUUCUACAUCAUUACCUCCUUCAUGGCGGGCGUGCUCGUUGCGUCGACAUACUUUUUCGGAGUCGUCUUGCCCAAGAGGGUACGCGGGAGGGGCAUGGGCGGCGCGACGCCACUCGGCUACGGUCUUAACGGUCUCAACGGUCUCAACAGCGUUGGCAACGGUUGGGGUUACUCCAAAGCGGCCAAGAGGAUGGAUUGA